AGCAAUAACAUGUUGAAACUAUUAACAUUUAACAGCUAUCUACCAGCCACUACUACCAAAUGUGGUGAAAUAUUUUGUCAAAAUUUCAAUGAUUUCUCUAUUUGUUGUGCAUUUUGCCAAAUGAAAUCCUUUCAAUUUGAGGAAUUUUUGCAGCAUUUAAAAAAUGUCCAUAUAAAAGACUAUCGACAACAAAUAUCAAAGGUUGCAAAUGAAUAUUUAAAUAUAGAGAUAAAGAAUGAAAGUGUAUUGUGUGAAAAGAAAGAUGAUUAUUGUAAAGAGUGGCAGUUGGAAACGCAAUCGAUGACCGAUGAUAGUGAAAAUGUUCAUGAUGAUGGCAAUGAUAGCAACGACAGCAGUGAAGAGGAGAAAUUUAGGAUUUUAAAGAAAACUAAGCGAAAAGUAUUAAGAAAAAGAAACAGCAAGCAAAGUCAAUCUACGAGUUCAGAGGAAUUGGAUAUACCGGAGAAUAAUUGCAACUCAACUUUAAAUGAUACCCCCAGAAAUCAAGCCGAUUCAAGUAAAAAGAAAAAACAUAAAGACUUAGAAUACUCUUGCUCGGAAUGCACCGAAAUUUUUGCACAGAAAAAACAUCUUGAUCAUCAUGUUAUACAAUUGCAUAAUGGCUACAAAUGUCCACAAUGUGAUAAACGUUUUGGACGCAGUUAUCAUGUAACAUAUCACCUCAAAACUCAUACUAUAGAAAAAAAAUUCAUAUGUCCCAUGGAAAAUUGUGGUCGUGGUUUUAUAGACGAAGAUUAUCUUAAGCGUCAUCUAGAGGUGCAUACCAUGGAACGUACGUUUAUAUGUGAAUUUGAAAAUUGUGGAAAAGCUUUUCAAACCCAUAGACGUUUGGCCUCCCAUCAGUAUAGACAUCGUAUACCUAAGAAAUUUGUUUGCGAUAUGUGUGGUCAUGGUUGUCGUUCAAAUACCGAAUUGAUAACCCAUCAACGAGUGCAUACGGGAGAGAAACCAUUUGUCUGUAAAGUGUGCAGUAAACCUUUCAUAUCGAAAACAGCUUUAACCGAACAUAUGAUAUCACAUUCCGAAACUAGACCUCAUGUAUGCGGCAUUUGUCAAGCAGCAUUUGCUAAUCGUCGUGUGCUAGUACGUCAUAGUUUUAUACAUUCCGAGGAGAAAACAUUUAAAUGUAAAUUAUGUGAAAGUGCUUUUAAACAUCCUAACUCCUUGCAGGGUCAUAUGCGCAAUGUUCAUGGUCAAGCAAAACACAAAAAAGGGAGAAAAAAACAACAACAGAUUGAAUAG